AUGACGCAUUCGAUAAUAGAUCAACCAGAAUUUUCAGUUGCUUCUACUGAUAUACCCAUGGCUCUGGAGAUCGAACACGCAGAACUAGUAGACGAUAAACCUGAACAUUCUUCUGAGAUUAUCGAAUCAAUAAGUGAUGAAGCCAGACUAUUAGUGAAUGAUGAGCCCGAGAUAUCUUCCGACUUACCUGCGAACGACGAACUAAAAUCCAGCAAUAAAGAAUCCCACAACCAAUCGAGGCCGUACGGCUGCGGUACCGCUAAAACAUAUUCAUCUGGCUAUUUAACCCGGGAGCAACGAGAGGCUCGUCUCCGUCAAAAAGCUAUUGAGCUUGGCGAAGAUCCUGAUAAAUUCGUUACUAUAACUAAAAAAGAUAAGCUCGAUUCCAUAGCAUUCCGUGAUAGAAUGCAGACUGAUGCGAGAAUGUGUGGUUAUGCGAAGGAGGCUGAAGAAGAUCCCAGUGAAUAUAUGGAUAUGACAGUGCGGGAAAGAUUAAUAAGUGAAGAAAUAAUCCGUCGUUCUCUCGAGGAAGAUGGAAUCAUCUCAUCAUGGCUGGAUACUGACGAGGACUGGAAAAAAACUGUUAACAUACUCCAGGAAAAUG